AUGGGGGACUAUGCGGACGCGACGGACGACGGACGGCCCUCGCCGAGGGAAUGUGACACAGCCCGCGGCGGGUGUCUGGAGCUCCCGGGACCGGGCCGAGGAGGAGGAGGAUCUAGGUCCAGAGAGGUUCCCAGGGUUGAACUGAAAUCCAGGCUCCUGGGCCCUGGAGGAGGCGCAAGGCGGCAGUACGCCUGGGAUUCUAGGGGGCGCGCGGCGUGGAACGCGAGUCGCGACCCCGGAUUCCGGCGGUGGCGCGCGCCGGCCCUCGCGCCGCACGGGACGGGAGGGCUGCGCGUGCGGCGAGGUGGGAGUAAAGGUCGUAUUCUAAGGUGGGGGCGACCCCGGAGACGCGCGAUCGGGUUGGAAGGUGGGGUGAAUGCCGGGUCGACGAGUGCACCUGAUUCCGCACCUCUGUGUCCGCUUCGGGAACUGCACGCGGCAACCCCACCCCCGCCUCCCACGCAGACGAUAGUACAGCCUUCAGGGCUCCCCUGGCGGACAAGGCUAAUGGUUCGCUCCGCCCCGCCCACACCGAGAACGCCCACUGGCUCCCGCAGCGUUUCGGGACUCCGGUGGGACCAGCUACAGAAGGGGUUGGGCCUCCACCCUCAGACUCUCUUAAGAGUAGGGGGCGUUAUCUUCCGUUCUGACUCGCACUGAGACCCAGUCUGGGUCCCAGCCUCUGCCCUUGGACUUGUCCUAAGAAGCCAGCCAGCUUCUGCCUUCAGACCUGGGGAAAAGUCUCUACCUCUG